AUGGCAAACCAGCGUGAAGAUGGAGAUUUUGACGAGAUGUGCGUGAAUUUUCGAGGUCGCGGAAUGACUCAGGUCCCGUCGAGUCUCUUCUCAAUGGAAAAUAUUCGACGAGUAGAUUUAUCGUCGAAUGUACUGACGCGAUUCCCUGGAUCUCGAGUGAGUCAAGAGUUGCCGUACUUGGAAGUGUUGGUGCUGAGUAACAAUCUGCUUCAUGUGCUGGAAGAUAUCUUGGCUUUGGCUUCUGCGCCGCGGUUAUGCGAGCUAGAUUUGCGUGACAACCCCCUUCGAUUGAGUCAUAAUCGACUGUACUUGUUGGAGUCUCUACUUUUCAGUGAUACAGAUCUCGAUGAAGAGAUUCUACGCGAACUGCAUCGAGAUGAAAGAUUAAAGAAGUUCUCGAGUGCUUCUCAACCUGCACGAGAAGUUCUGUAUCGGUCACGGCUUCCUCGUCGACGCGUGUUCCCAAUGCUGCAGCUACUGAAUCGCGAGUGGAUCACGGACUCGGAGUCUCGCCAGGUAGAGCUUGAAAGAGGCAAAGCACUGGAGAGCUUCGAUGGGAGCAGAAUGACUGUCAAGCAAAUGCUCCGAAAUGAAGCACGAAUCACUGCUAUUCCGCUGCCCCAAGUUCUCAAACGGUACCAAAUUGAUGCCGAAAGCUCGCAGUUUUCCCCAGAGUGCAAACCAAGUUGUGACUUGGAGCCGUGGAACUAUCCGAUCAGCACUUUUGACGACCUGCACAGCGACGAACGACACUACGUCCGGUACAAAAGCAAACAUGUUGCUGGCACUCUAGAGCGCGACGAUCACUUCUUUGAAUCGACGACAUUUCUUGACUGUGUCGCGCAGUGUGAACGCUCUCGUCGCUUGACUAUUCGAGCGGUGGAUCAUCUAACGCAACCUCUAGGAAACAAGAGAGGGGUGUCCAGCAAUCCCAACGCAACUAGGCGAACCAAAUCAAUACCUGAUCUUCCGAUUUCGGAGGCGACAGCCAAUUUGACUGACAACCUCACGGCCAACUUCAGCAAACGCCAGACCCUCGAGAGUUUUAAGCAAGUUGCACUACGGCAGAAGACGAAUCAAUUGCUGAGUAGUCAAGCAACAAUCGAGAAUCCUUGGCAAGAGAAUCCUCACACCAUUGAGGCAGGGUUGGAGGAAUCUCUCAGCAAAGUGAAACUUCGCAAUGCAGUGGACUUGGCUAACACGUUAGGAGGAUCCAAAGAGCACAAAAGGUUGUUCCAGGCUCUGAUCGACGCAGACGCCAAGGUGAUUGAAGAGGAACGCGUCACGGAAGAGCACAAAGCGCAUCGGCAGCGUCUUCGGCGCAUCAAAUCUCCGCAAGAAGUGAACACUAAGACCAGACGAGAUGUCGAGCUCGCCAAGAAACUCGCCAGCCUGCAUGCCGAAUCGCCAUGGCAAACGCGCAACUGGAAGGCCAAAGUGAAGCUCGUCGAACGAAAACGAGAUGAGAACGACCACAAUGUUCCAGCUACGCAAGCUGCGAAAUUUCGCACCAUUGAGACUGUGGAGAGAGCGGCGCAGGAUUCGUUGGUGGAAGUGAAUUCACACGAUCUGCUUGUGCGUUGCUCGGAGAUCCGUCAGCACAAGGACAAGCACGUGAAAGCAUUGGCCACGUAUCGUGAUCAUUUCCUCCAUGAGGAAGCGGAAUGGCAACACAUGCGUCAGGACCCGAUCAACGUCGUACGCCGACACUUACGUCGCCAACUGUACCAAGACGUCCAGCAGAUCCAGAUCGGGAGUGUGGAGUACGUCUACUCGCCAGUUUUCCAGUAA